AUGGGGAUUCGCUACUUUGAUGUGGUCCUGUUGAUAACUUCUUCGCGGUUCACCGAAGCUGAGCUCAUGCUUGCCGAAGAGCUUCAGAAGUUCGAGGUUCCCUACUUUAUGGUUAGGAACAAAGUGGACAUCGACAUUGCAUCCGAGAUCCUCCGUGAGGAGGAGACGACGGAGACGCGUGUUGUGGCCUCGAGCAUCGGAAGCCGCUGCCGGAAUGUGGGUGCUUCUGUGCUCGGGAAGGGCCGGGAACUCCACUGCCAGACCUACUUUGCCUCCGAGUACAGCGUCGAUCGCGAAAGCUGCGCAGCAACCAUGAUUUUCCCAGCCGCUCAACUGCACAUGGAGGCAUCAUUGCUCUCGACUCGAGCUUGGCUGGCGCAAGGCUUGGAAGGCGACAUCUUGGAGGACCGAGAGGCCGCGGAGGAGGGCCGUGGAGGGCCGGAGGCCGGGCGGCGGGUCGCUGCCUCGGGUCCGGACAUCGCGGACGGUGCUGCGGACGUCAGCUCGGAAGUCUUUUCUAAGGAGAUGGAAAAGCAGCCAGAGGCUCCGGGCUUCGGCAAGCUGAAGUGGCAAGAGGAAAAGCAGCCAAAGGCAAGACCAGGACGCUUUUCACAGGAAAGGCUGGAGAUGAAAAGCCGCCGGGAGGAGGAACUGAGGCGUAAACUGGCCUCGACGGACCUGAGUCUGGAAGAUGCUGAAGCCUUUGCAAAGUUUGCCAAAGCGACAGACGAACAGAAGGAGCAGUACAGCGACACACUCGCAUCGUUUUUUGCUUGGAUGAUGGCCGGCAGCACGAGCAAGUCCGCUGCGAAUUACAUGGUGCAGGUCAAGAUGCUCAUGGAGCGCUUCCAGCUGGACCUGCAAGCCUUGGUAUCCCAGGAGCUCCUGGAUCUCGUCAAGAAGACCAAGGAAAACCAAAAGCGGAACAACAUUGUCGGUGCUGGCUUGAAAAAGUUCCAAGACUUCGUGGCGAGUCGCGGCGGCCUCUCCAUGCCAUGGGAGGCCUCAGCGGACGGCAUCGGUUCGCGUGUGCCCGGCCUUGAGGGAGCCUUCGCUUUUCUUUGGCCAAACCUUGAAACGUAG